GGUUCGGAUAUGCAGCAAAACUGAAUACACGUGCACGCCCAAACUACAACUUCCAGGCGGCGCUAAUAUAUGGACAGGAAGACGACCUAGAACGAACGUCAGUCACCACAUGAGCGGCGGGCGAAGGCGCAACAAGCUGCCCGCAAUUCCCCCUCUGGCCAUUAGGUGACGCCACUUAAAAGAAGGGCGCGCGCGGGGUUCAGCUUUCCCGUCGUACCUCACGCUGCGCCCGAAGCCUGGCUGGGCCUGGACCCUGACGGGAGUUGUAGUCCUCGGAGGCGGACUCGCUUCCCAGCGUGCCGCGCGCAAAGCCCGCGCGCUCGCUCGCUCGCUCUCUCCCUCUCCUCUUGCAGCCUGUCUCGCAGUCGGUCUUCUUUACUGAGGCGGCGGCGGCGGCGGCUUGAACGACAACGACCUGGGCACACGGCAGGGAGGGCUCGAGGCCGGGCGGUGUCGUCGUCGUCUGUGAGGAGAAGAAGAAGAAGAAGAAGGCGCGCCGCGGCGGCGGCGGCGACGGCUCAGUCCGACCAUGUCGGGCGAGGAGGAGGCGGCCGAGCUGACGAUCGCGGAAGACGUGGUCGUGAACAAGUACAAGAUGGGGGGAGAAAUAGCCAACCGUGAGUAUGGCCCGGCGGCGGGAGCCGGGGGCUUGAGGGGGCGGGCCUGGGGCCUGGGCGUCGGGCGCCUGGCUGCCUGUGGAGCCCUCCGGGGCGGGGGGUGACGAGGCGAGCUGUCAGACAGGGCAGGUUUGCUGGGGCGGCCCUGGUUGGGGGGGGUGUUAUCUGUUCUUCGCUCCCUGGUGUGGGGUGUAUAUAUAAUAUUGCCUAGUAAAAUGAGUGUGUGUGUGGUGGCUGGUCGGUCGUCAAGGCUUGGGGUGAAAUAUGGGGGUGGGGGGGUUUUCCCCCCCCUCCCGGUUCCUACUCUGGGUUGAAGUUGAACUCUUGUUAGGGGAGGGGAGGGGUGAGGGAAAAAAACUCUGGACUUGGAGCGACUUGUCCCCCCCCCCCAAAAAAACCCGAUUUUGAGGGACGUGGGAUACUUCCACUCCCUCCCCCGAGAGCCGUUGCCCUUGAUAGGUAAGCUGGGAGAGCCGCCCGGCACAUGGUGUACUUUCCUUUCUCCUUUCUUGCCUCGGUCAACUUGGAAUCUCUAGAAAGAGUUUUAAGGGCUAAUUUUAGUCCACUGCCCGCCAUUGGGGUGUUUUGUUUUUUUCCCCGAGCGUGAAAAGCUCGUUAAGAAAAAAACAAUCACGUGCAUUAAAAAAACACACAAAUAAAUUUAUGUGUUCUGGUUAUUUUGAGAGAGGGGAAGGGUAAGAUUUGGUUGAUCCACGAUCCCCCCGGGGGAAUGGAGCCGCCGUCCUCCAGGAACUGUAAGGCACAUGGUCUGCGACUUGCCAUGUGCUGCUGGCGCUCUCUCCCGUUCACUAUCUUCCGACAUCCUGGCUUCCUCCCAGGUUUCCCCUUUUGUUUAAGGGAGGUUUUCUGCUUCGGAUCGGAUCACCUUGUUCGGGGAACUCUAGGAAGUGGAUUGUUAGGAUUACAGCGAACUAGGGAAAAGGGGAAACGGCUUUUGCAGCUCAGCUCUUAACUGCCUGUGUUGGAGGGAGUCUUUCCCUGUAGCAAACCACAUAUCUCUGUACCUCACAGUUGACUUUUGUAGGCCUGAGCAUUUGCAAAGUGUGAGCAUGCACACACACACUCUUAUACUGGGUAGAGAAAUACCUUUGCCUGCUCCAUUAAAUUUUAAAAUGCUGCGUCAGGCUUCCAGUUUUUUCAAUUUAUUUUUGUGCUGCGAAGGAAGAAAGCCGUUUGUUCAAAGAUAAGCUUGCCCUAUUGACUGCUUAAUUGGUGGUAGGAGUGCAUACUGUAAUGUGAGGCUUUUGAACUCAGGAAUCCCUGUGUUCUAUCCUACAUUUGGGAUUUACCAAAAUCUGGAAUGGGAUACUUUGUCUUAAUGUCAUUUACAAACUUCUGCAAACUCUUUCUACUUAAAUUCAAAGGUUAAAGAUACUGGAGACUUAACAGCAGGUCUUAGCUUUACCACAGAGUUGCAGAAUGCACAUGGGACAAAACUGUCUCAGCUCUUCUUAUAAAUGGAGUUAAAAUUAUUUUCCUUGUUCUCUUCAGCCGAUCUGUUAAGAUAACAUGAAGCAGUUCUUGAAACUUCUGUAUUAAAAGGAUGAGGAUUAAAUAUUUAUGCAAACUUAACUUGAAGAAUUCAAACACUAUUUUUUGCCAGUUGUUCAGUAAUCUCAGUCCAUUGGUUUUAUAAAGCUAAACACAAAAUAUGUUGCAGAUACAACAACAUGGGUAAAUGCAAUCAUCACAAGAACAAACAAUGAUAUGGCAUUUGAAGACAUAUAAAAUAUACAUUAAAUUGUUUUAGACCAGUUUAACCAUUGCCCACCAAAGGCAGCUCAGGCAAAAAUGUAUUGUAUUGUUUCUGGAAUAUUCUCUGGCUUUAGAGAAAAUAUUGCCAUUUUUCUGAUGAGGACACCUUAAUUAGACAAGACAGAAUCCUCAGCCAAUGUUUUUCUCUUUGGCUCACAUGCUUUCCAUAAAUGAAACCAUGAAAGACUAGGUAUGCUUUAAUCUUAGAAUAUCAUUAAAUGUGAGUGUUCUAUAGUAUUUAAAAUUCAAAGUUUCUAUAGAAGUAAGGUUGAUUAGAUCAACCUUUGAUGGAAAGUUUCUUGGGGACAGAAAGAUGCAGGUUUGGAAAAACUACUGCAACCUGUUGUCACCUCAUGAGGUGGAGUUGACUUUAGGAAUCUGAAGACAUUACUAGAGAUUCUCAGUUCCCUAAAUGGUAUAGGUAAGAGUGUUCUAAUUCAGUAGGCAUGCAACAAUGGAAUUUAAUGUACAUUUUGUAGGCAGUUGAUGUGGGAAUAGAACUUGGAUGCCUUGGAAUCUAGCAGUGCAGUGUUAGAAACUGGAAUAGAAAUACUGGGAGCCAAAUGGCUUCUGGGACCUUUAUUGUUAAACUCCUUAGCAUAUUGUCUAUCCUUAACAUAUACUUUGAAGCAUCAAAGCAAAUACAUUUCAGUAAUCCUUGAGUGUCAGCCAGGUGCAAAAAAAUGGCACCCAGACUUUUUGAGGCACUCGCAAAUUGAAAAUCUUUAGGCGCAAAAUGUGCCUGGUGCCCUGCUAAUUUCGAACCCUGCCUCAGUGUGAGAAGUUGAGCUACCCAUGUUAAAUACACUUUCUGAGCUCCAUAGUGUGGCAUAGCUUUAUGCAACUGUAAAGUGUAUUAAAAUAUUCAAUAUGAAGUUUUAUCUUGAAUUACAGGAGUCCUGCGGACUGUGGUAGAAGCAGCUAAGUCUGGAGUGUCUGUCCUCAGCUUAUGUGAGAGAGGGGAUGCCAUGAUCAUGGAAGAGACUGGCAAAAUCUUUAAGAAAGAGAAAGAUAUGAAGAAAGGUAACAUACAAUUUUCCAGCUUUAUUUUUGACAUACAUAUCAUGUUGCCUCAUUUAAAUUGUAUUCAUCAUUGAAUAGAAUUAAUUGUACAGUGAUGUGGAUUGUGGAGUUUGAGAUGCAAGACCUGCAGACCCAGCCUAGAUUUCCAGUGUGACUGCUGCAGGUUGUUCCAGUGCUUACAUGCUUUUAGGCUUGUAUUAGUUUGUAUUCCAGAUCUGAAUUAUUUGUUCCAUUUUGUGCAGAUAAAUUAUACUUUUGAACAUCAGGCAUUCCGUUUUUGUCUAGCUGGAAGCAGUUUAAAAAUGCUGCUCACAUUUCUGGCAGUUCAUGGAAUCCAGUUAACUGGAAGGGGAGGAUUUGAAAUUACUUUUGUUCUGCCCCUAAUGGGGUUGAUUCAAUACUUCGGCACCCAGCACAUAAUUUUCUUUUCCUCUUCUUUGUGUACCUUGAAGUCUGGCAAAAAACCCAAAUUUUAAAUUGAUAUGAAAACCAACCCAUGCUAGAUUGCUUUGGGAUUUCAGAGUGGCAUAAAAGUAUAAAAUACCUAUUAGCCUUGGGGAUAUAGGGUCCAUGCUGUUUUGAGGAUUGUAGUGUUAUAUGAACUAUUUACUUAAAAGUACGUUGACAUGAGUUUAAGACAUGUUGACUCUGUAUGUAGACAAAACCAUGAAUGGAUUUGCCUUGUCAUGCAUGAUAGUUGGCCAGUCUGCAUCGAUACUGAUACCUUGACAAGAAAAAAUGUGUCUUAAUCAUGCAUAACAUCAUAAAUCUUUGAUAACAACAUAAAUAUUAAGCACUAUAGUGUUGCAUAUUUCACAAAAUUAAGGGCUGAUAGCAAAUAUAAGUGGUCAGGCAACUUUGCAUAGUUGUGGAAUUACAGAAUUGCAGUGUGUCUCAAAUCCCAUGAAGCCUUCUGCUGGAGGAAGGUUUUUCAUCUCUUUUCUCCCUCCCCCCCUCUCCAUUUCCUCCCACACAGUUCUUGAGGGUCCAGAGCAGCUUUUUAGGGUCAGUGGGCUGCAAAGGAAAAUGGAACUGGUGAAAAUCACCCCAUCCUCCCUCCCUAGGGAGAGUCCUAUGGGCAAAGUUCCAUGCAUGGGAUCUCUGAAUCCAAGCCAUGGAAUUACUGGCUCUGCAGCAGCAUUAUGAUCUGUUGGAAAAGUAGCACAUUACUGUCUGAAAAAGUGGUUCAUACUCCCAUAAAUUAUCCCAGGUCACACCUUAAGCCUCUCCCUCUAAGCACUUACCAAGCCCAGCUCAUUUUAUACUGAGGAAGCUUCCAAAGUUACAAGACAGGUUGGUGCAGCUGUAGCAGCUCUAGUACCACUCACAGUGUCAGCAGAAAAAGGAUAGCAGUCCAACCUAGUCGUUAUGCGAUUGAUGUAGUCUUUGAAUUACAUAGGGCAACUUGUGUCCCAAAUCCAAAUGUCUGGUUUAGGGGACCCAUGUUACGAUACUUAUUUCUGUCCUGCUUUUUUAAAAAGUUGUCAAAACAAUGUCUGAUACACAAUCUAAUCACAUUAAAACGCUAACACUUAUACAUACCAGUAACUAUUAUAUUUGUGAGAUGGAAAACUGUUACAGGGCUUGUGUAGAUUGUAUGAUCUCAUCACUGCUCCCUUUUUUGUGUAGGUAUUGCCUUCCCCACAAGUAUAUCGGUAAAUAACUGUGUCUGUCACUUCUCCCCCUUGAAGAGUGACCAGGAUUACAUUCUCAAAGAUGGUGAUUUGGUCAAAAUGUAAGCAUCUCCAUUCACUUUCUUGGGUUAUCUGUUGGCUUACUUUUACCCUCAGCUGUAUAUUUUAAGCUGGUCUGCUCAGAGUGCAUUACGCUAUAUAUGGUACCUCUGAGCCACAUUUUUGAGGACCAAAGUUAUUGUUGGUGCAGGUGUGUGUUUGUUUUUUGGUUUAGUGUGGAUUUCUCUUGGCACAUGAGACACAUUUUAAUGGUUCUGCCCUGCUUCCUAAGUAGAGAUAGUCACUUUAACUGCCAUGGUGCCAACUAUUUCGUGUACCAUAAUGGUUUAAUAGGGUUAGAAUGUGGAAGUGUCAUGUAAGCAGAAUUUUUUAAAGCCUUUGAUGUUGCAGAAGUUUCCUUAUUGCUAGCUGUGGUUUAAAUCUCUUUUUCCCUUUUCAUGUUGCAGUGACCUGGGAGUCCAUGUUGAUGGCUUCAUAGCAAAUGUAGCUCACAGUUUUGUCAUUGAUGCAUCAAAGGUAAAUCUCCUGCAUGUGGCUUUGAGUAGCAUGUGCACAUGCUACUUUCAAGACAGGCUUGGCCCCAGUAGGGGGAGUAAUGUAAGCGGCAUCCUUAAGUAGAACUGGCUUGCUAGUUAUUCAUUUGCAGCUAUAGCUGCUAAGAAGUAGGAUGGGUCAAGUGGUUGCAUUUCUAGAUGUAUAGUGGCAAUCCAUCCCAUUGCCAAGAAUGUGGGACAGCUGUAUUGAUCAGUCACUCCAUCGGGCGCUGUACAUUAAUGUGUAACUUCUUAAGUGGCAUGUCCUAUUCAACUUGGCCAAAGUUGCAAGCUAAGCAAAAUUCUAAAUUAUCAUAACUGCAGCUCUUCAAAGUAUCCAAGGCAAAAUAAACUAAUAAUAAUAUACUAUAUUCCUGGAAAGGCUGCAUUAAACUUUUGAAUUUCUACACAAUUGCUGGAAAUGUAGCCAGAUUUUUUGGGUCACUUUGGUGACUCGAGCAUUCUGGUGUGGAUUGAGAACUCUUGCCACUUGUCAAUUCGGUUUAUUUAACCAUAGCUAAUGCUGAUUUAGCAUCUAAGGCAAAACAAAGAAAAGAGUGACUUGUAGGGCUGGAUAACAUUUGAAUCCCAUUUGUGAAUUAAGGGAGUGGCAAAAUACUUUCAGCAGCCUUCCAAACACAGGCGCUCUCCAUAUCUUUAGUACUUCCAACUCCUAUGUUUCCUUGUAAGCAUGGCCAGUGUUCAGAGGCAGUAGGAGCUGUAGUCCAAGUCAUCUGAUUGAGAAGGGCACAAUUCAAUCAGUUAAACACUUUUAAAAGCCCUAUUGAUUCCAACAGGAUGGGAUUCAGAUAAGGCUUAAACCCUCUCACUGGAAUCAAUGGGACAAGAGUGCUUAAUUUUAGCUCGUUUACUCCAUUCAUAUUUUGUGCAGCUGUACUAUGUCUUUAGGAUUUGUCACUGAGAAAGCGCUUGUCACUUUUCACCCCUUAGGAGUAAAAGCUUAUAUGAAUAUUAGUUUUUUCCUACCAUUUCAGGAAACUCCAGUGUCAGGUCGCAAAGCUGAUGUCAUCAAAGCUGCUCACCUCUGUGCUGAAGCUGCUCUGCGUUUGGUUAAGCCUGGAAACCAGGUGACAAUGGGUGGCUACUUUUUACAUGAAUUGGUUUCAUGUUUCAGGAUGGGUGACCAGAGGUUAUGACCACAGAUCCAAUCCUCAACUUAUUCUGAACAUACAAAUAAAAAAUCAUUGGCUUACUCUGGGAAGAGGUAUUAAACUGUUCUGAGGGCAGCUGGCCAUAGAUAGCAGAAAUGCUCUCUGGGGUGAGGAGGUCUUUGCUUGUGAAAAGGUAGUAGUUACUGAAGAGUUUGUAUUGUCAUUAGUCUUUCUGCAAAUGGCUGAAGGGUCUUGGGUUUUCCCGCCCGCCCCCCAAACAUGAUAAGAAGUAUUUGGCAGCUGAGCAUUUGUUUAGUCUAAUGACAAUUUUAGGACAGGAUGUAGAAGGUUCUGCUUUUCCCUUCCAGUAAUUCCCUCCUAGUCUCAGGCACUAUGUUUAUGCUACCGCAUUGAAAACAAGAAAUUGUAGAUUUAUUGCAUUAUUAUUGACAAUUAAUCUCUGCCUCAAUUACAUAGCAUAUAUAACGAUUUCAGUGGUAAUUCUAUUCAGCUUCUCACCAUUAAAAGUUCUGUAUGAAAAGAUCAUUGUCAUACAGUACCUUGUAUACUGGAAUGUUUUGGCUGCUUCUAAUACUGAACAACUUUCUGUUGAAGGCUUGGAAUUUAUAGGGGGUUUUUAUUGUGCAGGGAAGGGGGAAUACAUUUAUGAUCCGCUUCUCCAAAAUAAUAGCCAGUGUAGGGGCCGUUAAACUGUGUUGAUCACAGGUUUCACUGCAGAAUAUGGUCAAAUUCAACUUUAAAUGCCAAUAUUCACCCUUUUCCAAUAGAAUUCACAAGUGACAGAUGCCUGGAACAAGAUAGCUCAUUCAUUUAACUGCACACCAAUUGAAGGUAAGGAUUAGCUAACUGAACAAUGAAAUAAGACAGCAGAAAUAGAAGAGCAUUUAACAUAGCAAUGAUCCUUCUGUAGAAUUUGAAAGUAUUGGAAGUGUUAGUAGUUAUUGUGAGGACAGCAUAUCUGCUUUUGAUGUUUGGAGUACUUUGUAUAACAUGCUUGUAAAUAAAUAUUCCCUUUAGAGCUAGGAUGCUUCAAUGUACAAAUUACUCCUGUGCUUCCUUCUAGCCUGCCCAUUUGGCUAAAAGAACUGACUGCUUAAAUUUGGGGUCACAGUUCAGGGCACAGGGUAAUAUGCUUUGAGGAACUUUGUUAGAAACCGAAAUAGAUGAUCAAGGUAUCAAGCUGAACUUUUCAUGUUGCUUUUAUUUUGUUGAUGGUACCAAAGUCGAAUAAGUCACCUUUGGGAGCAGUUCACAAAAUAAGCUCACUGUAGGCGAUAGCACGGUAAAAGAAAUGUGCUGUUUUAGUGAUGUGUUAUGGAAAUGUUCUCGGCCACCAGUCAGUUAAGGCUUCUGUAUUAGGCCACCCUGCAAAAAAUGUGGUUCUAAGGUUAGAUUUUUUCACAUGCAGUGUCUUGUAGAUCUGUGGUGUGCCUAUGUAGGAAAAAAAUGUCAGCACAGUGAGGAGGAGGCUGCUCAAGCUGUCAAGGGAAUCUAAGCAGCUACUGUUUUGGAAACAUUCAAGUGUUAUAAUCAUCCAGUCACUGGCAGCAGUUUAUGAAACUAAACAGAGCUCUUUUCUCUCAAGGUCAAGACUUAUUUCUCUCUCUCCACCAGCCCCCUGCCAGUAGAAAGGUGCUAUUUCCUUGCUCAAAGCUUGUGAUGUGGAGGGCAGAUGAGACAUGGCUUUCCCUAGAUUGAAUCUUAAAUAUUGAAGAUGUGCAUCAAAGCAGGAAGGAAUGCUUUGGUGUACUGAUCUAGAUUGUGUCAGAGGGUGGUAUGGGGAAGAGAAUAAAUAGAAUGGACAAAUUUCUCUGGGCACAUCAUUUGUCUCUGGAUGAGCAGGAAUGCUUUGUUUGGUGACCCUGGAUGUUAGAAGUCCCUGUAGUACUACUUGACACAGUGUUUCAGGCUUGAAAUGGAAAGGUCGUUUUAAAAGUCCCAAGUUAAAUGUGUCGCCUUGUUUAAGGGCACAUUUAACACUUCUAAGCUUUCUUCUUGCACAGUACAAAAUCCAUGGGCUGCUAAGUAGUCACUUCCCUGACUAAUUAUGCCCCCUGAAGCAAUUUCAAACCCCUGCUGUUUGUGAUCUGUUCCCACUCCUGAAGAAAUCAGUGGGGACUGGGGCAAGAGGAUGCUUUUAUUGUGUUGUGUGCUGCUUCUCUCCCUGGAUUCAGAGGCAUACAGUAGAGUUGGUAGUUUUUGCAGUGUUGCAACUAUCCAGCUGUGCCACAGUCUGCUUGUGAAUGAGACCCUCAUGGAGAUAAACAUACAAUAUUUCAGACCUGCAUCUAAAGAUUUAUUUAGAUUUUAAACAUGCACUAUGAAUGAGAGAGUUUAGAAACAGACACUUCAUACUUGCGAAAUUACCAGUGUCAGAAUUGGCUGCAGCUGCCUGUCAAGUGCAAACUCGUCUGCAAAUCCAUAUUGUCAUAGUAUGGAGAGACUCUUAGGGUGCGAGGUACUGGGAGAGUGCUGUUAAGUUCAGCAAGGAGCAAGGAAAGAUUGAGAAGCACAGAACUGGAGCAUAAAAAGAUAAAUUGGAGAAAAGAGUAAAGAGAUUGUGAUGCAGAAAAUAGAGAUGAGGUUCAGUGUGCAUGCUAUGCGGUAGAAGGCAAAAAAGAGGGUUAAAAUAAUAAGUUGCAGAAAGAGAAAAGAAUAUGUUGGUGGGAAAAGCGGAGGAGAAGGUUAACAGAGUGCCCUGCAGAGUUGACUCUUAGUUAUUUUAAAAUCUUUAACUCCUUACUGUAAAUAGCUUUGAAAUAUUUUUAUAUAAAAUAAGCCAUUUAUAAGUUGACUAAAUAAAAUAAUAAUAAUGUGGCAAAAAGGCUUUUCUUUAGUAGAAAUGGUGAUGUAGCUGUCUUAUUAAUAAAGCAGCCUCCAGCUGUUGGAAUUGUGAAUACCUAUCCCAGUGUAAUUUUGAAGCUGUUUUUUAACAAGCACACGCAGACCUUUGGGCAUAUGACAAGAUGUGUCUCUGAUCUUUGUUUUAAAAAAAGGAAGUGCAGUGCAGUGCCUUGGAUUAUCAGCUGUGAUUCACUGGCUGCUUUGCAACUCCAGUGCUAAUAGAUACCCUUUCUUGACAGGGAUGCUAUCACACCAGCUGAAGCAGCAUGUGAUAGAUGGGGAGAAGACUAUCAUCCAGAACCCCUCAGACCAGCAAAGGUACGUGUCUCUUGUCUGGAAUUGUUGCCAAGCCGUUUUGUGUUUGUGCCUUUUGGGCACUAGGAGCGCAGAUGUGUUGUAAGAUGAAACACAUGACUUAGAAUUAGUAUCUUGCUUCAUAUUGACUCCCAAACAAUGUUCAAAUGGAGGUGGUCUUCUAUUUUCAUGUGUGUGUGUGUUUUUCUUUAAAUCUAGAAAGGACCAUGAAAAAGCAGAAUUUGAAGUCCAUGAAGUUUAUGCCAUUGAUGUUCUCAUCAGCACUGGAGAAGGAAAGGUAAGUGUCCUUGCUUAACACCUGUUCUAUAAUCAGGUGCCAUACAAGUUCGGCAACUUUAUCUAAAGUCACAAGGACGUUAACUUCCUGGUUAGAUUGUUUGAUGUAUUGUCUUAAAAGCCAGUUAAGUUGGGAAAUGCUCUACAUAACCACAAUCGUAGCCCAAAAAACAUCCUUUACCCCCUUUUACUCUUUUGCUACCUUCCCUUUCAUCAUAUAAGUAAAUAUAUAUUAUGCUGCUAAAACUGUCUUUAAUGACUUGCAUGUCUUUAGGCAAAGGAUGCUGGGCAGAGAACUACAAUUUACAAAAGGGACCCUUCCAAGCAAUAUGGUUUGAAAAUGAAAACUUCCCGUGCCUUUUUCAGUGAGGUGGAAAGACGCUUUGAUGCUAUGCCAUUCACUCUCAGGUACUCUCUGUUUUCUGGUGCAUCUGUGCAUAAACUUGGCAACGGGGAUUCCACUUGGUAGUUCAAUGAUUGAAUGGUUCCUACCAUUGCAGUCAUGUCUCUUGCAUGUAUUGUAAAGUGAAGGGAAUGUUCUGAGUUAUAUUGCUUUUCCUAGUUUAAGCUGUGUGUAGAAUGCUAGCCUCGUACUACAGGUAAUAAGCAGAAUUGUUAAGUGCUAAAGAAAUCAAAAUGUUGUACUAAGAGAAAGCGAAUUCCACAGCCUAUAUAAGCUACGCAAGUGUCUUGCUUAUUUGGUAACUGUGGUAACUGCUAACUGGGUAGGGGGCACUGAAACCCUGGGCGCAAGAAGUCUUACUCAGCUAUCCCUUGUGAGAUUGUGCCAGCAUCUCUGCACUCUCCAAAUUAAGUUUCCUGCCAUAAUGGGGUGGGACGUUGAGAUUAGUGGGAACUUGAAUUCUGUGUCCAGUAACAUGUUCUAUAUUUUGUGUGCAUCUGCACAAUAUAUAACCAUUCUUUGGUGCUAUGACUCUGCAGUUCUUAUAGUAACCAAAGGAUGCAGAAAAGCCUGCACAAACAGUUUUUGUUUUUAUGUUUGUUCCAUACAGGGCAUUUGAGGAUGAAAAGAAGGCAAGGAUGGGAGUAGUAGAAUGUGCUAAACAUGAGCUGCUACAGCCUUUUAAUGUCCUCUAUGAUAAAGAAGGUAAGCACUUGUGCCUGAAUGUCAGAGCAAUUUUUGUCUUGCUUUGGGGCUAGGCAGUUGGCAGCUCUGACUAAUUAUUAUGCACUAUUUUACCUUUAGAAAGAUAUGCUGAAUUGAUACACUCUUUUGUUGCCCCAAUAUGUUUCUUGUUGAAAGAACUCUUCUGAGAGCACUUAACUUUAGAACGGAAUGUACAUGUUGAAUACAGAUACAUGCUUCAUAACAGAGAUCUCUGCUUUUUGGUUAAAUUUGGGGGGGUCACAGUUAGAGACUAGGACACAUAUUUUGUGUCAUUUGCAAGAGUGUGCAAAUACGCUUGCGAGUGGUGAGCACAUCUGUUCACCUGGUAAAUACAUUUGUGAUGAGGGCAGACUGAAAGAUGGGCAGGGACUUGUCUCUGGUUUUGGAAACAGAAGCAGUGAGCCUUUUUUCUGCUUUGGAGUACUUCUGAAGCCCAGUGCAACUGCAGGGGUGAACACUCCCAAGCCUAGAAGAAAGGCUUCGUUCCUGUAGUUGUGUUGCUUUUAGCAGGUGCUCCAAAGCAGCAAAACAACGCAGUGCUCCUGAGCAACUACUUAUCAAGUUAGUUACACUUAAUUUUAGAGUGUCUUUCAAGGGAGAGAGACAGAAUUGUUGGCAACUACACAUUUUGGUUGGUUACCGGUUCAGCCACAACUGUGGACCCCUGGACACUUGCAGUAAUAUCUUAGACCAGUGAGAAAUGAGAGUGUGGUUUGCUACUUCUUGAAUAAGAACCUCAACAGUACAGUGGUACCUCAGGUUACAUACGCUUCAGGUUACAGACUCCGCUAACCCAGAAAUAGUGCUUCAGGUUAAGAACUUUGCUUCAGGAUGAGAACAGAAAUCGUGCUCCGGUGGCGCGGCAGCAGCAGGAGGCCCCAUUAGCUAAAGUGGUGCUUCAGGUUAAGAACAGUUUCAGGUUAAGAACAGACCUCCGGAACGAAUUAAGUACUUAACCCGAGGUACCACUGUAGUGCCUUUAAAAGUUCAGGUGGGCUGAGUUUAGGUAAAAAGGGAAGGAAACCCCUGCUCUAAUUUGGAUAAUUGAAAUGAACAUCUCAUGGCAAGCUCACAUACCUGUUUCUCCACUAUUAUAGCAGAUCUGUCUGAACCAAACCAAUCUUACCUCUUGGUUCUUUUUUUCUUCUUCUUGUAUGCUUGUCAGACCCUUGAUGUAGGCAGUUGUCUAACAUGUUGCAUGGCUAAUCUUUCUCUUAAUUCCCCCACCCAGGAGAGUUUGUUGCCCAGUUUAAGUUCACGGUGCUUUUAAUGCCCAAUGGUCCCAUGAGGAUAACUAGCGGUCCCUUUGAGCCUGAACUCUACAAAUCAGAAUUUGAGGUGCAAGAUGCAGAUCUGAAGGUCAGUGGGAUUACAGUGUUCUUUGUAUAAGUGCCCAGAGUUCCAGGAACAAAUGUUGUCACAGUAGGGAGAACUGCUUGAGUUACUUAUUCCCAGUGUAAAUGUGAUGAGAUAAAAAUUGAUAGUUCUUGUUAUUCCCAGUACCUAUUCAUUAAUAAAGCUGGGGAAGGAGUUCCAAGAGAGCAGGGACAAAUCUGGGAUCCAAAGUAGGUUUUAACAUGUUGAGGACUAGCCCAUAGAGAAGAAGAAAAGCAUUUUAAAAUAAAGUAAGCUUGCAACUUACACACACUUUUAACUUGCGUGCAUUCAGCUUUACAUGCUUGGCAAAAAGGGGGUGGGCAGGGGGGUGGCAAUUCCACAUGCCACUACACCCAAUCUGUUUUGACCAUAUGCCAUUUUGGCUUUAGGGACAAUCCCUGGAACAUAAUCCCCACAUAAGUUGCAGGCUUACUGUAGUGUGUGUUUAGAACAGAAGUGAGGAACAUUUUUUGGUCAAAAGACCAUGUUCCCUCUUGGCCAACCUUCUAGGGGUUGCAUGCCAAUGGUGAGUCUGGCCCAAACAAAAGUAGAUAUGGCAAGCCAAGGUAUGCCCCCCCGCCAAAAAGAACCCCACAGAGGUACUACAUAUACAGCCCAUGCUUCUGUUUUCCACUUCCCGAAAUUGGCUUUGAAAGAAGCAAUUCUGUUUGAGCCAAUGAAUAGCUUAAUUGUGAUGCCACAAUGUUCUUGAUGGAAUCACAGCACAUGGGAAGGUGAGAGUUAACUUCCAUCUCCAGCUAUGACACCACUGCCCUACAAUUAGACUUUGGGAGGGAGGAAAUAUUCUGUUUGCUUCUACCAAGCUUUUUCAAGCCCAUGGCCGGGGAAUGAGGUGAGGACUCUGUGGGCUGGAUGUAGAGGCCCCAGGGACUGUUUUGGGUCCAUAGUUCCUCACCCUUCUAGGAUUAGGGUGUGCCACAAAUAUCGCCCUGUCAUGCACUGAAUGGGUACCUGUAUUAACUUUCCAUUGACCAGGCAAGAUAAGUGCUAAGAAGAAAAAGCCUUGCCUCCCCUAGCUUUUGUGCCUUUUUUUUUUCAAGUACAAAAAUGUUUCAGGCAUGUUGUCAUGUGAGAUAUCAUGUUUAAGCAAUUUGCUUCUUCUUUCUAAAGAGCUAGUAAAGUUUUUUGUUGUGAAUUGUAAUGAGGUGUAAGAACAAGAUGAGUGAGUUCAUUGAAAGCAUUUUGAAUUAAAAACAAAAUGAUUUUGAAGGCUGUUUUAUACAAAUGUGACCACUUACUUGCUAAAGUGAAACAUGCAACUCCCCCGCCCUUUGCAAUUCUUCUUUCCUCUUCUUAGAAAAAUUUAAAUGACAAUUUUAUAAGCUUGUAAUUUCUAAAGAGGCACUGUGAGGCUCCCAGACUCGCUACUGUUGAGUAAUUCUCUGCAAGCAGGUGAAACUAGAAGUUGCUGGCUCCAAAGGAUGCAUAGCUCAGCUUUAUGUGAGGCUAAUUGUUAGUCCCAAUAUGUGCCAAGCAUUCUAGGACUGGCUGCAUUCCUUUAUGGCUGGCAGUGAUUUUCCCUUCCUUGUUGUCUUAGAAGUAAUCGCACUCUAGGUAUCUCCUUUCGCUUCUGACAUUUUCCCCUCUUGCAGGCACUCCUACAGAGCUCAGCAAGCCGCAAGGCCCAAAAAAAGAAGAAAAAGAAGGUACUUGGUUGUGUUUGUGUGUUAAUCUCAUUACAUUUUUUAAAUAUUGUAACCUGCUCUUAGACCUUAUGUGAAGGGCAGAUGUAAAAUUAUUUAUUUAUUUAUUUAUUUAUUUUUAUUAAAUUGUGUUGUUGCCAUCAUUAUGGCUCUUGAAGACCAUGAGACCUCAAAUUACUAUGUUGAUGCCUCAGCUCAGAGGUGGGGAACUUCUGGCCUGUGGGUCUAUUUAGGCUUGGCCAUAUGGUCUGUGAAGCCAUUUUGGCCAAGCCACACCCACCUACCCAACGCCUGGUGCCAUGUAUGAUGUCAAGUGAGGGGCAGGGACCCUGUUGGUGGUGCCUGCAAACCCCCUUGCUCAGUACUUCCCAAGCACCCGACAAUCAGCUGAUUGUCAGGCGCUUGGGAAGUGCAACUUAAGGAGCUUUGCAAGCUUCCUUUGGAAACAAAAACGAAAAACGCUCUGUUUUUAAAAACUAAUCGACAGAAGUAUGGCCCACCCACCUGUCAGCGUUGGCCCAUGGAGGGUGAGGGAGAUAAGGAUCUAGCCUUCUGGUUGCAUCCAGUUCCCUAUCCCGCCUUAAAUCUUCUUAAACAGGAUACGAUAAUAGUACAGCAUAUUUUAGAACUCCAUUUUUUCCAAAUGACUGGUAGGAUUUCAUGAGUUUGACAACUGCAGGGUAAAUGGGUACUGUCGCUUAAUAUUGAGCCCAAUGAAGAACGUACAAUACAUAUGGAUUCUGGGGGCUUAUUUUCUUUUAAAGUGUCUAUAAGUAUUUAAAGUUUCUUAAGGUCUUAGGUGGAGUUCUAUGCGGGUGAAGUUUUAAGAUAUUUUGAUCGGAAAUUUCAUGCAAACCUUACAAAGAAAAAUCCAACCUCAUAUAGGUUUGGGCAGGCAUUCCUUUGAAAGCUGAGGUGUCCUCUUUAAAACUGUUAACAACUGUGAAAUAUUGAAUGCUGUGUCUAGAGUUUUUGCAAACUGUUCCUUUCCUUUCCUAUUAGCUUCAGUUUCAGUUAAUAUCACCCCCUCUGUUCCUCCAGGCCUCUAAGAAUGCUGAGAACGCCACAACAGGGGAAACAGCAGAAGAGAAUGAGACUGGUGACUGAACAGCUCUGACCGCCUCUGCGUAGCACCUGAUUCUUUCUCUCAAAUGCCCCACUCAAAACAAGAGAAACAAAUAUCCAUUUACGGCUGUUUGUCUCAUAGGACCAAAUGACAAAUAGCCUGGACUUCCCACAGAGUGUAACCAGUUGUGACUGACUUUGCCACUGAGGGAGGAGUCUCUUGGCCACUUCAGAAUACUUUUAAAAGUAUGAAAUAAUAAAAUCAGGAGUAAAAACUAGCCUACAUCCAGUCUUUAUAGCCUUUGAUACUACUUGUGCUCAUUAGAGGUGAACACAUACAGUUCUGAGCUUUCGUCUAGUUCUCUCCCCCCCCCCAUUCCCUUUUGCAGGUACUCUGAUUCCUCUGAAAAAUCCUCAAGUAUCUUUUCACAACUGAAGUUAAAAAUGCAAAAGCUCUUGGGUUUAGAAUUUCAUUACAUGCAGUUAAUGUAACUUGAUGCCUUCUUCCUAUAAUAAUCUUCAGUCAUUUUUUUUCUGGCUUAAACCAUAUAGGACAUUCUUAGGGUUCUUUUGUGUGUGUGUGUGUUUCUUUUUAAACUAUCAACCUUGUAUUUUAAAAGUUGACAGGAAGCUGGUUUAAAGAUCAUUCUCCGAGUAGAUAGCUUGUCUUUGUAAAGAUUCUACAUUUCUUUUAAUUUGUGUGAAAAAAAUAAUAAUUACCCCAGUGCAAAAAUAUGGUAACUCUCACAAAAUCCUUUGAGACAAAAGUGAUACCUGCAGCUUCCUCCCUCUAGUUUUCAUUUGAUGGUUUGACAUUUUAUUCAUCUGCACUUGUCUGUUGCUUUUUGUGGACUAAAGAUGGCUAUCCAGUGGUUAUCCAUCUGCUAACAGGAAGAACCUGUCAGUGGAAUAGAGAAGGCAGGCAAUUCCCCCCCCCCCAAUUUUCCCUCUCCAUGCAGCCCUCUUUGCUUCUCAGAUCUGCUCUGCAGGGUCCCCCAACCCUCUGGAGCAGAUUUAAGGGGUUGCAGGGGCUGUGUGGAAAGAGGGAAUAGCCAAAAACUGCCUGUCUUCCCUAUUCCACUGACAGAUUGCUUCAGUCAGUGCAUGGACACUUGGAUACUUCCGUUCAACUUGCCACUGCUCAGGUUGAUAAAGUAGGAUUUUUCAGAAGAAUUCCCUCCAAACAUCUUUUUUACAUGAAUGAAUGCAAUGCUACAUAAGUGGUUGGACCUGGAAUAAGCUCUUUGUGGGAAUCACUUUUCUAUAGUAUGUCUUUUUAAAUUGUCCAAUUGAAUUGUAUAUGAUUGUGGGAUUUUUUUUCUAUUGUAUUCCUAACCAGGUCCCUGUCUAAGACACUUACUGUAGCUGAAUUGAAGACCUGUCUUGUUAGGAAGGGGAGCUCUUGUGCUCUCUGGCAGGCAAAGUCCUUCUUGACCAAUAUAUCUGGAUUUCAAAUACUUUAAAAAAAAAAUUACAGUUACUACCAAAGUUUUAAGUCCAUAAGAGGAAAUAAACACAUGUUUCUUUCCUGAAAAACCUUUUCCAUCACUCUUUGUAAACUUUCUACUUUUGAUUUCUACUCUGUUCUCUUGCUCUUUUGUAAGGGUUGCUUUCAGUGCUACGUUUGGGAGGUAAAAUUGGGAACAUGUUGAGCGGAGGCUGAAUCGUAUGAAAGUGAUGAGGCUGGAGGAUCAUGCACAAAACUUGCAAUUAACUGCCAUUUUAGUUUAGAACUGCUCCCAUUUGUUAACCAUGAACAAGGGAAGGGAAGGGAGGGUGGGCGGGGAAGAACUUGUUCAAAUGAGGAAUAUUUUAGCAUUUAUAAGGAAAUAUGUUUUCGUACCGCCUUUCCAUAAAGGAAAGGCUUGAGUUCAGCCACAUUACCAGUUUAUAAACCACUAAGACUUGCUGGCGGUUAAUUUAAUUUUCUAUCUUUAUUUUGAGACUUCAAGGCAAUUGUAUCUCUUGAUUUAAAAAAAAAAAAAAUGCCGUUGGAAAUUUUGGAAGAAAAUUCCCACAAACUGUUCUGUAACUUGAUUUUUUUUCCAAAUAAAAUUGAUUAGUGACACCUCUGGA